AUGCUUCCUGUUAGAAUUCUUAGGAGUGGUAUUCGUCGGGUGUCAACAUACUAUGGUGGAUUUCAAACCACUAAUUUGAAGUUGCUCAACUCAUUCUGCGCGGACCUUCCCUCUUCGUACGCCGUGGCGUCGAUCGUAUUUUCCCAAAAACGAUACGCGAGUUCCAAGAAUCCUUAUGCCGUUCUCGGCAUCAAACAGGGAGCCUCUAAGGUAGAAGUAAAGAAAGCAUAUCGAGUCAUGGCCCGAAAGCAUCACCCCGAUGCCCCUGGCGGUAGCCACGAGAAAUUCCAAGAGAUUCAGGCGGCCUACGAGCAGGUGAAGACCGGCAUGUGGAUCCAAAAGAGUGAGGAUGGCAGCCCCACGAGUGGUGGGGGUGAUGGUGUUAGUGGUGGCAACCGGUAUAGCGGUUUUCAUUACACCACUCGUACGCACAGCCGAAGCAAGGUCAGCUACGACGAGUUUUAUACAGAAAUGCACACCGGCAAGGUCAAGAAAAAUCCCUUCGAAGACGACGACGAAGAGGAAAUGGCACGCAAGGACCCUCGCAGAUCCCCCUUUGAACUUAACGAGAUCGCUUUUCAGGCGUGGCUGCGUUUCAUUAUCGUGUGGUGCCUGCUGUUCACAACUCUUCGUAUUGGACUUUUUCUUUUGUUUCCGCCUCAGUGGGAGAAGCCAAAUCGUAAGCCUCCCCCUAAGGAACUCCGAAAGAAACCACCACCGCCAAAGCCCAUUGUUCAUGCGAACACGCCAUUAGUUUCCUAA